AUGGCGUCCCAUGGCAAGGUUAUGGACCUCUUCGACGAGCGCUAUCUCGAGUUACAAGAUGUUGUUGGCAACGUCGAGCCGCCACCCACUCUAGUACCUUAUGAGCAGUACAAGGCUCACGCCAUCACCUACCGGAUGGACACGAACCAUGACGUUUUCUUCGCGCUUCUCCAGGACUUCACGGAGCGCAAGGCGUUGGAGACGGGCAAGGAGCUGUGGACGUGGUGUGUGCAGUGGGAAGUCAGUCAGACCGCAGCUCGCCAAUCCCUCGCGGCAUCGCAAUCAGCAAAGAGGCCUCGCCUUGACUUGGACCCGCCGAACACCCCUACCGCGCCGAAACCGGCCAGCAAUGCGCCUCCGAUGACUCUGCAUGCUCGCUGUAUAGAUCCCGAUCUCUUGCACGAGGAGGACAUGUUGCGCAUUCUGGUCGAUAUCGUGCAGGUCGACAGCACAGUGGUACCCAACUUCAUUGAAUUCCUUUACAGGUGGAUCGACUUUUACGAAGGAGACGGAAAGGCUCUGAAGGCGGCCCUACAUGGCGAGAUUCCAAGCUUGUGGGACUUUGAAUAUCAUCCAUUUCUUGUCACUCAGGAAGCCAAAAAGGAGAUUAAUCAAGCAAGAGGUGUCGCCCAAGACAGCGGAAAGGACGGACAAGGCGGUGACACAACCACCCAGAUGCGACAAAAGCCCGACCUAGCGGCACUCGAACGCAAGACAGAAGAAAGCGAACGUCUGAAGUAUCGCGAAGUACACUUCGGCAUCCAGCCCCCAAAGCUAGACGAGCCUCUGCCACCUCUCAUCAACGUCCCCCGAGACCAGUACAAGCGAGCCAAGUAUUACGAAGCUUGUUUCAAAUCGCGACAACGCGCGUUCUUCUUACUCGUAGAAGCAGGAGUCACCGCCCAGAACAUGCGAGACUACCACAGAGAUCAGACAAUGAGCCUGCAGGAGACGCCAACGCUCGUGGACGCAGGCGGCCUCAAGAACUACGAGAAGGACGCAAAACUUGCGCAGGCUUUCAAGUCGCUCAAGGAGCGACAUAGGGCAAAGCAAUUGGAAAUUUCCAUCAGCAACAAAUUGGCGGACGAGGCUCAGUUUGCUGCGCGCAGUGCUCCUCCCCGAAGUCCAUCGGGUGUCCCUCUUAUCCCUACCACGACUAUUCACGCCCAUCGCCCGGAUGUGACUGACGGUAUAUUGCGCAAGAUCCAGCAGACCAAAGAUGAGGAACUCCAAAGGAUCAACAUCGUUCCUACACCGCUUGUGGGCAAGAUGAAGAGUACGCUGUUCCGAGGUGCAAGAGACAAAGCGGGUUUGCAAGCGAUGUUCGCGCGUAGUAGUUUCCCAUCGAUCCCACGUUCUUCAGGCAACUUUGAUGGCGGUAGGUUGAACAACAACAAUCACGGCGAUGGGAGUACCGAUGAAGAUUCAGACGACGACAUGAGUGCCCCAAGGGCCAGAAUGCGUCUGCUGCCUACACCCUUAUUGCCAUCGCCUACAUCGCUUCCUCGUCCGAACCUCCCAUCGCUCAAGACGCUUCCCUGUCCAUCCCUACCACCGCCUGCAACGCUUCCUCGUCCGAACCUACCACCGCUACCGCGCCCACCGCCUGCGAUGACCUCCACUCAACCUCUAAAUACGUUCAUUCCUGACACGACGUUGUUCCCCCACCUGCGACACCGAUCAAGCCAUGCCGCUCUACCUACUACAGAAGUUGCAUCUGCUGCAGAACAGACACUACCAAAUGUUGCGGCGCUCAUGCGAAAUAUCACUCCAAAUCCCGCAGACCAAAUGAUAGGGAUGCUCAAGCAGCAGAUCGUCGUACCCGCAAACACCAUCGGUCCCGGCGGACUGAAGCUAGGCGACAGCGGAGUAGCCGAGACCGAUGCCUUCCUCCUUGGAUACACACACCCUAAGAGCGGGAAGAUCACCCUCAAUCGCGCAGUUUUUCUACCCUUGGGCGUGUGGGCCAACGCGCAAGAUAGAGUGCGAAAGGGUCACUAUCAGGUACUGGAGAGCUAUGCAGCACCGAAUGGAAGACCUUCAGUACCGCAUCGCGCUGCCUACGAGAAGGUGAAACAAGCCUAUGAGAUGAUGAUCAUGGGAUCUCCAGUGGCGAGGGAGCGAGAAUUGACAAAGAGGUGGAGGGCUAGCAGGGGAAGGAUGACGGCGACUCAGAGGGGUGCCGUCUGGGAAGGUUGGGCUGUGGAGGUUGACAGAGAGAUCGCUCUGAAUAAAGAGGACAGAAAGGGUGCUUUUGUGCAGAACGCGCUGGUUGAUGGAGUGGAUGAGAAUAGCGAUGAGGCUAGGAGGAGGAGGGAGAUUGAGGAGUUGCUUGAGACGGAUGAGGCGUGGGACUAUGAGGAGGACGAGAACGACGAAGACGAAGACGGAGUUGAGCAGGAUUACGGAGAUGAAAUGGAGGAAGAGGAUGAUGAUGAGGGGGAUAGCGAUGACGACGACGAUGAUGAUGAAGAAGAUGAAGAUGAAGAAAAUGAGAUGGAGGACGGUGAGGAUGAGGAUGUGUAUAUGGAUGGCUAG